AUGUUUCUACUUCCGACUAGAUUAUUAAACGAAGAUAAAUAUGAAAUUCCAGAUUCGCUAAGUGAUUGCUCAUCGGUCGAAGAUAUUAUCAAAGAAGACGAUGGCGAUGACGCCGAAAUAAUCAAGGAUGAGAUGCUUCUGUUCGCGACGAAUUUAGGUUAUGAUCUCGACGGUCAUAUGGCACCAGCGGAUAUUCUAUUUCCAACAUUUUCGAUGGCUUCCCAUUUUUCACCAUUUUUUAUUGGCGGAGAACCGCUUGAAAUCGAGAUGAUCGCGCUUUGGGAUUAUUUUGGUGGCAACACGUGUUUCGAUCUCAACAUUCUCGCCCGUGAAACCGUGAAUGUGUGCGCCGAAGAAUACCCGGUCCGAGCCACUGAUGGCAAUGAGUUCAUGCGAACCCCGUUCCAAAUGUCGCUGGGUCGAUGGAUCACUGGUCGACCGAUGAAUCCGUACCUCGGAAUAAUUCCCAGUCAUUAUUUGGUAACAAAAACGUUUUAUCAAGAAAACGUCGAACUUUUCGACAACAAAUUUUGGUUCGCCGGAAACGCUGAAAUCGAGACCGUCUACGAUAUUCUAACCGAGGAUUGUUCGUGCUUGUGUCCUGGCGUCUUUGUCAUUUUCUCACCGACGUGGCUCAAUCCGGAUCCGCAGGAUUUGCGGCCUUAUUUCAUGAUGGUGCUCGUCGAACAAUCUAGCGAUCCAUCGGAAUUUUGCGACCUUCUUGUCAAUGAUUAUUUGGAAGGCAACGUCGAAAUCAAUCCGAAUCUUCUCACUAUAAAACGAUCCGUGUUGGGACAUUACGAGUUGUUCUCGAAGCGAUACGACACUCUGUUCGAUCUCGUCUACCAUCUGGCCAACUUCGAUUCGCCGAUCGGUCACAAAUUGAUAUACAAUCGGCUGAAUCGUCCGUUUCGAUCGUGUCCGGAGGUUCCGCCGCCCGUCGUUCGAUUCAAACGCGACAUUCGAGCGCAGCCGAUGAUGAUCGAGCAAUGGGUGACCCUUCAUCACGAUCAAGUGACAAAUCGAAUUGAGCAAGAUGAAAAAAUAUUUUAUGUCACGAAAUCGGUGUUGGAUCUUGGCAAAAAACUUCACGAGAAAAUUUUCAAGAAAAUUGAUUUACCACUAUCGGACCUUGAUGCCGCUACCGAGUAUUACAAGGGUUUCAAGCGUCCAGUCGAAGACACGAAAAACCACAAAAAAUCGGAAGCUUCUGGAAAACGACGAAAUUGGAGUGAAAUGCCUCCUCAUGAGACCAUAAUUUCGUUCAAUACCCCAUAUUUUAUUAAUAUGAAUCGCGUCAAGUUUGAUCGAGUUUCACUUGGCGCUGGAGCAUUUGGGAGUGUUGAACGGGCAAUAUUCGAGCAGGAAAAUGAGGAGAGAAUUCCGGUGGCGGUGAAGAAGCUCGGAUUGUCGCCGCAAACCAAGGAGGAGCGAAUCGCCGCGUUUUCGGAGCUCGAUAUUCUCAUGAUGAUUUGUCAUCCGAACAUUGUCAUUUUUUAUGGGUUUUCUUUUGAUAAAGACUCGAGUGUAAUGUAUUUAAUUUUCGAACUCAUGGCCAACUCAUUUGACAAAUUCAUUGAAAAAUGCAACGGAAUGAUGUCAGAAAACGAAAGAUGCGAUAUUCUGGCGCAGAUUUGUCGCGGAAUGGGCUACUUGCAUUCUCGGACACCGCCCGUCGUUCACGGUGAUCUGGCGGCAAGAAAUAUUCUGCUAAAGCCGCAUCCAAUUCAAAAAGGAAGAAUGAUUGCCAAAGUGACGGAUUUCGGGCUCUCAAAACUGAUACGCAGCGAAUCGUAUGCGACGUACAACGAUCCGAACAAGAUUCCGUUCAAAUGGUUGCCACCCGAAGUGCUCGGCGCUCGGAUACUCACCUCGAAAACCGACGUCUGGUCGUUUGGAAUCAUUUGCUUCGAAAGCUACGGAAUCGGCGAACCGUACGGAAUCAUGCCGCCGACAAGCGUCUAUCAGUUCAUUCAAGACGGCUACCGAUUCGACCGAUUGCCGGGAAUGUCGCCGUGCAUUCUUGAAAUCGCCAUGGAAUGCUGGCGCAAACAGCCCGUUGAUCGGCCCAAUUUCGUUGAAUUAGAAGACCGAUUAUUAGCGUAUAUUAUUGAGGAUGAUGAAGAAGAUCGACACGUGGCUUCCGAAAGAAGAUCGCAUGCUCGGACGAAGGCGCGCCAGGAGAAACGGAAUGCCCUGUUGAAAGCGGCUACAGAAAAAAAGUAA